AUGGUUCUGCGCGGAAGAAUGAGGCGCACACUUCAAGCAGCAGUCAUCAAUCUCAGCGGAGUCUCUCGACCACCAAUGCCUGCGAUCAAUGUCACCGCCGUAAGCUGAGGUGCUCACGGCAUGAACCCGCCUGUGACCGUUGCCAAAAGCAACAACGCCUCUGUACCUACAGCCUAAGCCGACCUGUAGGAAGACCACGGCAGUCCGCUACAGACAGGAGGUGGAAUUCCAAACGGGCAAACAGGAUACAGACUGGCGAUGGUUGCAACGAAUUUUUCCGACAGGUUGACCUACAUUCGACAACGCAUGUACUCGCAUCAUCGAAUUUUUCCCAUUCCGCGACAACAAUUGGCUCGGCUGCCGAAAAAGGCAAUCAUCAGAGUUCAAGCGAGGAGGCGAUUCCUUUACCACCAGAGAGCACUUUGCCAGAACAGCAAGAACUAGGAGAUUGCGGUAUUGACAAUCAUUCGAGAAGCGCUACAAUUUCAUCGCUUGAAUCCGACAGUGGCUUGAAUGCAGUGCCGCAUAUUUCUUGCCCACCUUUUGCCAACUCGGCGCAACCUCGAUUCUUUCUGACCCCAGAUAUGGGCGAAGAAUUGCUGGAUAUCGACUUCAACCAUCUGAACCAACUCGACACGACUGACUUUGAAACAUCGGCAUUACAGCCAGAGGGACCCGAAAAAGAACAGUGCCUAUGUCUUUCUGAUGUUUUGUGCUGUAUUAAUGACAGAUUAAGUACACCAGCAUGGCAGAGCCAUGAUCCAUUCACGGCUUUGAAUGAUACUAUGGAGCAGCUUACGAUGUGCGAAAAAUUUCAUACAAUGUACUACCUGAUCCUAUUACCAUUGUAUCAAGACGUUGGAGAGCGCCUGUCUCUGUACAACGGAUAUUCGUCACUACCCAGCGGGCAUAGCGAAACGAUGAUGCCCACAGGCUCAAUCGGAAAUCUCAACUCCUUGCUGGCCCUCAACAAUAGAACGACAGGCAAUAUUGAGCUAUCGAGGAAUGCAGAGGCCAAAGUCCAUGAGCAUUCCACGGUUCAACCAAAAAUAUGUCCUCGGAGUCAAUCAGAAAGACGGAUUAUAAUGAAAGCCUUCGCCACUCUAUCCGUGGCAUCAUCCGUUAUGCACCUGAGAUUCAACGAAAUUGAGAUUGGCGCUUCACCGGAGUUGGCCCUCAUACACAAAAAACUUCAUCAACUAGGAGAAACUUUCAAGCAGCUGGCAAAGGAAGAGAGCAGGAACAGCCAAACACUUUGA